AUGUUUCCUUUCUUUUGUAUAUCAAUUUUUUCCAUGUGUCCUUGUAUACACAUCUCUCCCCGACAGUUCUACUCCUUUUCUUUUUUUUUCACCAUAUGUCUUUCUUCUUUUUCUUUUUCUUUUUAUGGUUGUCCCUUCUCACACUUUCUAAUUCUUUCUCUUCUUAUUUCCUUCCAAUUUUCCUUCUCUUUCAUUUUCUUUCAGUUUUUUUUCAACAUCUCUUUCUUUCCUUUAACCUAUUCCUUCACUCUCCUUCUUUGUUUGCUCAUCCCUUUUUAUUCAUUAUGUUUCACACCUUUCUUUUUUCUUUUCUUUCUUUUUUCUUUUCUUUUCUUUCUUCUUUCUUUUCUUUCUUUUUUCUUUCUUUUCUUUCUUUUUUCUUUUCUUCUUUCUUUCUUUUUCUCAAUAUUUGACUCUCACUUGAUGCCCUCCUUCUUUUUCUUUUCUUCCAAAAUUCUUCCAAAAUGUUUUACAUCAGUAUUCUUCUUUAUUAUUUUUUACUUUCCUUUCUUUUUAUUUUCUCUUUUCUGUCUCUUUACUUUUAGUUUUUCUUAUUUUUCAAUUAGAAUGAUUCGACAGAUUUUCUUUUUAUUUCUUUUAUAUUUAAUUUUCAUAUUUCUAUUAAUAUUCUCUACUCACACUGUCUUUCUAUGUCCCUCUCUGUUUUAUUUCCCUAUUCAAUUUCAGUUUUCUUUUUUCAGUCAUCUGCCAACCAUUUUUUAA